CACUCAGACUGAAGGAAGGAGGAAGGUUUUAGUGGAAACUUGAGGACAUGCGGCGUCUCCUGCAAACUUUACUCCAACCAAACUUUCUGCGAGCUGAAGAAAGACCCGUGAAGAGAGAAGAAUGAACUGAGGCGAAGCGGAGAGGAAGAGAGAGAGAGAGGAGCGGGGAGAAGAGCCGUUCACUCCCAUUGAUCCAGUAUCGAGGGCUCCUGCAGGGAAAGAUGCAGGCUGCAGCUGUGGCUCUGACUGUGCUGAGUGUUGUCUUCAGCCUGGACUUCCUGUCGGCCCAUCGGUCCAAACCAAACCACACACAGAACCAGGAGGACAGAAACACUCAGAAUGACGAGACAGAACAGAAGAAGAAGAACCAGCCGCACAUCAUCUUUAUCCUCACAGACGACCAGGGCUUCAACGACAUCGGCUACCACAACCCGACCCUCAAGACUCCCACUCUGGACAAGCUGGCGGCGGAGGGAGUGACGCUGGAGAACUACUACGUCCAGCCCAUCUGCACGCCGUCACGCAGCCAGCUCAUCACCGGCAGAUAUCAGAUCCACACAGGACUCCAACACUCCAUCAUCAGGCCGCGCCAGCCGAGCUGUCUGCCUUCACACAUGGACACGCUGCCUGAGAGGCUCCGCGAGGCCGGAUACACCACACACAUGGUGGGCAAGUGGCACCUGGGCUUCUACAGGAAGGCAUGUCUGCCCACCAGAAAGGGUUUUGACAGUUUCUUUGGUUCUCUAACAGGAAGUGUGGAUUACUACAGUUACGGGUCCUGUGACGGCCCGGGGUUGUGUGGGUAUGACCUCCAUGAUGACGAGGGCGUGGCGUGGGGCCAGGAGGGAAAAUACUCCACCACGCUGUUCACACAGAGAGCACGCAAGAUCCUGGAGAGUCACAACCCCACGGACAGGCCGCUCUUCCUGCUGCUCUCCCUCCAGGCGGUUCACACUCCUCUACAGACUCCAAAGUCCUACAUCUACCCCUACAGAGACAUGGCCAACGUCGCCAGGAGAAAGUUUGCCGCCAUGGUGUCGACGGUGGACGAGGCGGUCCGAAACGUCACGUACGCUCUGAGAAAGUACGGAUACUACCGCAACAGCGUUAUCAUCUACUCCACUGACAACGGUGCCCAGCCAUUCACAGGAGGCAGCAACUGGCCGCUACGAGGCCGAAAGGGUACAUACUGGGAAGGUGGAGUCCGUGGAGUGGCGUUCGUUCACAGCCCGCUGUUAAGACGCAGGAGACGCGUCUCCAAAGCUCUGCUCCACAUCACGGACUGGUUCCCCACACUGGUGGGCCUGGCCGGAGGAAACACCAGCCAGAGUCACGGCCUCGACGGUUUUGAUGUCUGGCCCGCCAUCAGUGAGGGGAAGGAGUCACCCCGGCAGGAGAUCCUUCACAACAUCGACCCUCUGCACAAACCUCACGCUCAAAACACCAACUGGGACGUCAGCACGGAGGACGCCUCAGUCAGCAAAUCCAAAGGUCAGAAGAAGCCCAAGAAGAAGAAGAAGAAGAUCCUGAGGCAGAAACCAAAGCAGAAGUCAGCAUUCAGGCUGAAAACAACCAAGAAACCUCGGACGUUUUCCCAUCAAGCUGCUAAACCUAAACCUAAACCCAAGCCCCUCCCCAAACCCAAGCUCAAGCCCCUCCCCAAAUCUAAACUCAAACCCAAGACCAAAGUCUUCCCUCAGAGCCAGAGACCGGCACUUUAUUAUCCACCUCUGAAGUCCAGCGGUGCUCCGUCAGUGUCGGCAACAUCUCGCCCUAAAACUCACAUCCAGCCACGUUUAAAACCUAAAUCCAGGCGGAACAUAUCCCCGAACCAGAACCUGUUACAGUCAAGACCACCUCCAGCAAAAUCAAAGAAGCAGCUAAAGUUACAUUUAAAUUUAAAGUCCAGACACCAGAACAUGUCUCUGCCAGGGACGCCAAAAUCCCAUCCAGUGCCCCAGUUCAGUGUCCAGCCGUCCCAGUCGGUGUGGGACGCUUCAGUCCAGGCCGCCAUCAGAGUCGGAGACUGGAAGCUGCUAACAGGAGACCCGGGUCAUGGAGACUGGGUCCCCCCACAGGUUCUUCCCACUCUCCCAGGUCGCUGGUGGAACCUUGAACGCUCCGUCUCGCCGCCACAUAAAUCCUCCGCCCUCAAAAACUUCUGGCUGUUCAACAUCACGGCGGACCCGUGCGAGCGGCAGGACCUGGCGGACCAGAGACCGGACGUGGUCCAGCGGCUGAUGGCCCGGCUCGCCUUCUACAACCAAACAGCCGUACCCGUUUACUUUCCGCCAGACGACCCGCGAGCCAACCCCAGCCAGCACGAAGGAGCCUGGGUGCCCUGGGUGGAAGAGGAGGACGAGGAGGAGGGGAAGUAUCAGGGAGUGUACAAGAAAGGAAACAACCGGAAGAAGAAGAAGAAGAAGCCGAAGUGCCCGGUGUGCAAGCUGCAGUCGAUCUUUCUGAAACUGAACACGAGGAUGAUGUCCAACCGGAUCUGAGGAUCUGAGAUGGAGACUUGAGCCAUGAAAUGUUUGUGUUAAAGACUGAAAUGUUUUUGUUACAUCUUUGUUUCCUCAAACCAGUGAAAAAUGUAGUAACAAGGUAAGUUAAGUCCACUAGAUUCAUAUGAAGCGAACCUCUUUCUAAAACUGUCUGAAACAAGUCACUGGCUUCACUUUUCUACAUGUUCUUUCUAAAAAAUGUUCUGUCAAAUAUUGGAUCUGAGGUGAUGACAAUGAAAAAUAGUGCCAGAUUAGCGGCCAGAAAAGUGUUUUUGCAAAACAGUAUGAUGUUACAGUGACAUUUGCCUUUGGAGACAAAAUGUCUUUUCAUCCUACAAGACAUUUUAUAUUUAAAAAUUGUAUGAUUAGCAAAUUAAUCUGUGAAUCAUGGCUCAACCCAAUAUUUACAGUGACACUGGUCUUUGACCUCCAAAACCUAAUUAAUCUGUGAGUCCAAUUGGACUUGAAAAUUCCCUCCAGGCUUUUUUUUUUUUUUUUUUUUAAGUUAUUUUGGCCAUUUUUCGGCUUUAUUUGACCUAGAGUGAAAGGGGGGCCACCUGCUUCAGAGGACUAAGUCUCUGUGUUAUGCAGUAUCACCCCCCAAAAAUGAUACAGGCAUGAAAUCACAGUAAUCUUGACAUUUGACUUCCAAAAUCUAAUCAGUUCAUCAUUGAGUCCAAUUGAGAUUUGGGCCAAAUUUAAAGAAAUUCCUUUCAGGUAUUCCUGAGACAUCAUGCUCACAAGAACAGGAUGGAAGGACAACCUGAAAACAUGAUGCCUCUGGUCGUGUCAUGGAGGUAUAAAAACAGUAUUGAUGUGAAACUUAAAGUAAGCAGUAAAAUGUUGAUAUGAUUAGUGUCAACUGACCAUGUAAUAACGUUUCUUUACUGUUGUGACAGCUACUCAGCACCAUCACCUGAUAUAUGAUGUGAUUUUAUAAAAUGUUUGUUCACUGUUUCUCAUUAUUGUCUGUUUUUGUUUUUAAUUGUUGUUGCUCACAAACUGACAGAGUUCUUGACAAAAGGACCGACACAUUUUUACACUGUAAAUGAUUUAUGUUUCUUUAAAUUAAAAAAAAAUGUCUGUCUGAUAGUUGUUUACACCAACAGUUCACACGUUUCGUAGCUAUUGUUUACUUUUUUAAGUGAAACUGCAUGAUUUUGAUAAUUAUUUCUCUAAUUCUGUACAUGUUUUUAUUUGUCGUCUGUUGUACGCAGCAAAAUAUCACAGAAGACUUUAAUAUUUUCACAUUUUCAGGUGCACGAGCCAGUGAAUACAGAUAUGUUUAUAAUAAUUUUUGUCUAAUGUUGGUUUUCUUUGUGUUACUGUGGUUGGAACAGGCCUUUGAUGCUGUGGGUGUUUGAAUGUAUUGCCAGUAGUGAGCAUUUUCUAAACUAUGAAUUUACAGUAAGUGUUUUUAUUCACUACAUUCUACUGUGAACAGCAGAAGCUAUAAUUUGAUUAAUAUUAAAAAAAAAUUUAAAUAAUUUUUAGAACAGUGACAAAAUCUUACAAGAAAGAAAUUUAGCAAUACAGUGUUUUAUUUCUAACAAAUAUUGUUUUAAUUCAACCAGAUUCAGGGGAAAGAUUAAGCAAUUUAAACCACAUUUUAUUUAUUUUAAUGAGUAAUCAAAUAAAGUGUCUCAAAGGCAGGAAACUGUUCUAGGAAAGAACCCUGAAAUACUUCAGUAAUGAUCUUUUAAAUCCAGAAUAACAUUGACCUAUGAAACAUAAACAAAGUAAAUUUUCGCUCCUGCUGUCACAGAAACUUCACAGAUGUAAAUAUUUGUCAAUAAAAGCUCACACAUUCAGA